UACACCGCUGAUUUAUUGAGAUGAAAGGUCUUGGCCUUACAUUAAGUCGCUAUGUGUAGUAGCAUUAAUUCAUAAAGCGAGCAUUCCACAGAAGCAGCAGACAAAGACUAAUUCUUCGCCUACAUAGAUGUGCAGAGCUCAGCCAGGUUAUGUAUAGCGCUGUCCUGCCCGUGUUUCUGUCCGUCUUCCUGACGUCACAGCUACGCACAGCUUCCGCGCGCUCUCAUUGGCUGCCGCCGCUCCGCCCUCCCACUAGGUGACUUUACGGGGCGCUCCGGGCGGAGCCAGCGGAACUCGCCGGUUAUAUUGUGACCAUUCCGGCGAAGGCGACUGGGUGCCUCUGCGACAGCUCCGGGAGUUGGUUGCCACACUGAGGGAGUCCGCGGACCAACGGCUACGGGAACGUCUGAGGGGGAAUUAAAACAAUCAACAAUUACUAAACAUGCCUGCAAACAAAGACGACGGUGGAUGGAAAAAGUUCCUGUGGAAUUCGGAGAAAGGGGAGCUGCUGGGUCGAACCGGCGGUAGCUGGCUGAAAAUUAUUCUAUUCUACGUCAUCUUCUAUGGCUGCCUGGCUGCCAUCUUCAUCGGCACCAUCCAGGCCAUGCUGCUCACCCUGAGCAACUACAAGCCCACCUGGCAGGACAGAGUCGCACCCCCUGGCCUCUCACACACACCAAAGUCAGAGAAGGCUGAAGUUACCUUCAACCUCAAUGAUGUGGAGACGUACCUGCCUUACGCCAAGGCUAUGAGGGAUUUCCUGUCCAACUAUGACGAGGACAAACAGAAGGACCAAAUGAAGUAUGAGGACUGUGGAGACGACCCUGCGGAUUACAAGAACCGCGGCGACUUGGAGAGUGACGUGGGCGUUAGGAAGGCCUGCCGUUUCAACAGGAGGCUCCUGGGACCAUGUUCCGGCAUCGAGGACCGCGAGUUCGGCUACAAGGAGGGAAAGCCCUGCCUGAUCGUAAAGCUCAACAGGAUCGUCAAUUUCCGUCCAAAGCCUCCUAGCAGUAAUGAAAGCAUCCCUGAGGAUGCUCAGCCCAAGGUUCAGCCCAACCUCAUCCCUCUGUACUGCACAAACAAGAAAGAGGAGGACGCUGGUAAAAUCGGGGAGAUUAAGUACUACGGCAUUGGCGGCGGUUUCCCCCUGCAGUAUUACCCGUACUACGGCAAGCUGCUCCACGACCAUUACCUGCAGCCGCUGGUGGCGCUGCAGUUCACCAACCUGACCAUGAACACUGAGCUGCGCAUCGAGUGCAAGGUGUUUGGGGACAACAUCGGCUAUAGCGAAAAGGACCGCUACCAGGGACGCUUUGAUAUCAAAAUCCAGAUUAACGAUUUAUGACCGACAUCAGGACCAUAGCACUUUCACCUGAUUGCCCCUUCCCCAUCCUCCUCUUUUGCUCUUAACUGAGUCCCAACCAACGUAGGAGAUCAUAAGCGAGGGGGGUUAAACUGUAGCGGUCAGUCAAUCAACAUUAGUCUUGAAUGAAUGAAUAAUGAAGGAAUAGACCAGAUAGGGGACCCUUGUGUAAUCGCUCAUCUCUUGCUUCUCCACCUCUGUCUAGAAUCUAAUUUAGGGAAUGACUAGCAAUAGGCCUAAUGUAUUUAUUCAGCUGUAAAUGAGACUUUCCCACAAGCCAUGGGACAGUGUAAUUCCAUCUCCGACGCGUAGCGAGCCGUGUUCAUGCCCUCCGCAUUUCGCUGCCUUGUGUGGUUUCACUAGUUUUGGAGUGUCCUUCUGGUCCUUCUUCUCGUUUUUUCUUUUGAGAGCGAGCUUUAGCAACACGGUUAGAUGCGUGUGUGUCAGACAGCAUACAUGCAACCAUUUACUGAAUGCAACCGUUUGAUAUGGUACACUCUUCUGAUCUGUUUAAGGAAAAGGCUGCACUCCAGGAAACUUCUUUCCACUUUUUUUAUUUGUCUUUUACAUCUGAUCACUGGAGACUCUUUUUACUUUGCCUUCUUAUUGUGCUUUAUUAAAUCAUGUGUGAAGGGGUUUUAUUACUUUGUAUGACUUGGUUUCAUGCCUUUUGCCUUUGAUUUAUUUUUUGCCUUGAAUGUAGAGUUGUGUCCGGCCUGUUAGACACUCUGGCCUGCUGCAAGGGCGGUGGUGCUAACUUGAGUUUUUAAACCUCCUUGUUUUUGCUGGAUUCAUCACAGCAUUGUGGUGUACGUUUCUGAAUGUUUCAGCCACUAAACACGGUGGAAGAAGUUUAUAUUUAUGCAGUUGUACAUUUUGUUUCAUUGCAGGAUAUUGUAAUGUAUAAAUGCAAAACCAAAGUGAAGAGUGAAGAGAGUCAUUAUCAGAAGCAAUGCAGUACUCCUUGUUACGAUCAUGUGCUAAAGUCAGUGGCCCGCCUUGCAACCUUUUCAUAGACGACUUGAUUUGUGCUCUGGCCAUGGAUGUAGUUAUUUGUAGAGUGAACAGGUAACCAGCUGUUUUAUUUCCAGUGACCUCAUGUUCAUGCGUUUCAAAAGAAAAAGACAAGUUCUUACAGAACUUGAGGCUUUAGAUGAUUAAUGAUGUUGGCUUUAAUAUUCCGUAGGAUCUCAUGUUAAUGAGUCGACUUUAACGUGAGUCAGCCGUUCAUCAGUUCAUCCACGUUGGCAUUUAAUCAAAGAUAGAAACUAAUAAAGUCCUACUGGAUCUUUC